ACAAAAUAAUAAAUAAAUGAAGAAAUAAAUAAAAAAUAAUUAAAUACAACUUUUUUCCAUGUCUAAUAAAGUUUCUAAAAAAAAGUUAUUAAUUACUUGAAUAUAUUUUCUUAUCACAUCGAAGAAAGGAAAAACCAAAAAAAAAUGGAAGAUUUUGUGUGAUUGGAAAUUUAAAAAAAUUAUUCCAAGUGUUUUGAAAUUUUUUAAUAAACAAACGACGACGGCAUAUUUAAAAAAAAAAAUGAAGAACGAAUGUCAAGAUGAGGAAAUUUCAAGUGAAAAUUAUCACUGCAACGAAACGACAAAGAUUAAUUUAUUAAUCGACAAGAAGAUAAAGGAUGAAACAAAUUUCGAGCCCGAGAGAGGAAAUUGGGCUAGUAAAACGGAAUUUUUAUUGUCGUGUGCCGGAUAUGCAAUUGGAAUAGGAAAUGUAUGGAGAUUUCCAUAUUUGUGUUAUAGAAAUGGAGGAGGAGCUUUUCUAGUACCAUAUUUAUUGAUGCUAUUUUUUUGUGGCAUUCCAUUAUUUUUUAUGGAAUCAUCAAUGGGACAAUUUAGCAGUACCGGUUGUAUAACACUCUUUCGAAUGAGUCCCAUUUUUAAAGGGGCAGGUUUUGCAAUUGUUAUAGUAAAUUUAAUUUGCACAAUGUACUAUAAUGUGAUAAUUGCCUAUCCACUAUUAUUUAUGGCAAUGUCAAUUAAAAAUAAAUUACCAUGGAGUGAUUGUGACCAUCCGUGGAAUAGUGAAAACUGCCUAAAACUGGGCGGUGAUAUUCAAGGUCACAGGAACGCAACUAGUCAAAUAGGAAAUUUAAAAGCAAAAACACCUGCCGAUGAAUUUUUUCAUAACGAAAUUCUACAGAUAUCGAGUGGAAUCAAUGAAAUUGGAGGUAUUGUGUGGCCAGUUUUCGUCUGUAAUUUAAUAUCGUGGAUUAUUGUUUAUCUAUGCAUUUGUAAUGGCGUGAAAACUGUCGGCAAGGUUGUUUAUUUUACUGCAACUUUCCCCUUUGUUAUUCUCUUUGUUCUCCUAAUACGCGGAAUCACAUUACCCGGAGCGAUGGACGGAAUUUUAUUCUACAUUUCUCCCGAAUGGUCUCAAUUAACAAAUCUUAAGGUUUGGGCUGAUGCAGCUAUACAAAUAUUCUUCUCACUCGGCCCUGGAUGGGGUGGAAUUGUUAAUAUGGCAAGUUACAAUCCUUUCAAGAACAACAAUCGAAUGGACUCCAUCUUUGUACCGAUUUUAAAUUGUGGGACAAGUAUUUUUGCUGGAUUCGUAGUAUUUUCAAUUCUGGGCUUUAUGUCCUACAAAACGGGACUUCCGGUUUCAAGUGUUGCAACUGGCGGUCCUGGACUGGCAUUUGUGACAUAUCCAGAGGCAAUUACAAUGCUUCCCUUUCCUCAACUGUGGGCGAUUUUAUUCUUUUUUAUGCUUUACUUACUCGGAAUGGACAGUUGCUUUGUACAAAUAGAGGCCAUUAUUUCUAGUGUGACUGACGCCUAUCCAAAAUUGAGGAAUCAUAAGCAUCGAGUGACUGCAGUUUCGAUAUUUAUCAUGUUUUUGGGAUCAAUUAUUUUUGUUACUAAUGGUGGAAUGUACAUUUUACAAUUAUUCGACUGGUAUGCAGCCUCUAUCUCCGUUAUGUUAAUUUGCUUCGUCGAAGUAUUAAUUGUCGGAUGGACUUAUGGUUGUGAAAAUUUCGUGAGAGAUGUGGAAUUUAUGAUUGGAGAGAAACUUCAUUUUUGGUGGCCCCUCUGUUGGAAAUAUAUUACACCCUCAAUAUUAUCUUUUAUAUUCGUCACGACAAUUAUUUUUAACACGAGGGUAAGUUACAAUGGAAUUAAUUAUCCCGAAUGGGCAAUUGCAAUUGGUUGGGGUUCCUGCUUAAUCAGUAUGAUAUGCAUUCCAGGAUAUAUGAUUUACUAUCUUUUUAGCAAAAAGGGAUCAUUGAAGGAAAAUUUAAUUAUUGGCACAAAUCCAUCUGAAGAAUGGGGUCCUGGUGAUUCAAAAGAUCGUGCAGAGUGGAAAAAAUUUAUUCUUAAAAAUAGAAAAUCUUCAGUUGAUUCGAUAAGAAACGGAGUGAAUGUUACAAAAUUUUAAGAACUAUUUCCAAUAUACUAUAGAUAAUAAAAUUAAAGAUAGUUUAAUUUUUUUUUGAAAAUUUUUUCAACAAUUUUUUUGUAUCUAACUUUUAUUAUAUGUUGAUAACAAAUUCAUGAAAAAAGACAUUUUUUUCUAUUAAGAAUUUUUAUAAUUUAUACAAUUUACAUUAUUGAAUUUUUCUUUAGUUGCAUUAGUGAAUAAUAUAAAAUUCUUUAAGAUUCUACAUAAAUUUCAUAAGACAAUAUUAUAAAAUGUAAU